AUGGCUACAACAAAAUUAGCAAGUAAACUUACAGAUUUUAGAACUGCAGCAAUAACUAACCAUUGGAACGAUCCACCCGAAAAGGGGAUUGAUAAACGUAUUUUAGUUGACACAGAGAAAAGAAUAGAUUUGUUAUUUGAGAAAUUGGAAAAAUAUGAAUUACCAGAAAAUGUUAUUGUGAAAUUGGGUCAAAUAUGUGAAUGUUUAGAGUCUCGGGAUUUUGCUAAUGCUUUAACAAUUCAAGGUAAUCUGAUGACAACAGAUUUUGAAAAAGAAGGAAAAUGGUUAUUGGGAAUUAAAAGAUUAAUAGAUUUAUAUAAAAAAAAAGUUUAA